AAUUCGAAUAAUAUACCUGUCGACUUUCAUAGCCCCGAAUAUCUUUCUUCGAAGCUCGACGGCGGUUUGGUUACCUUUCGUAUCGCAUGCCCCAAAGCGGCACGAAUACUGUGCGAGCUGGAAAACGUGGUUGAAUUCACGACGCAGCUGUACUGCCAUUCAAAACUCGAAGUAUCUCCGGAUGGAGGUGUUCGUCAGAAUGGUAGACGCCGCGGAAAGCCACUGCGGUCGUGGUUCCUGAACAUAAUCAUUUUCGGCAGAGGCGGUCUUGAGGACAAGGUGGGAGGAUACUUAUCAAAUAAAAAGAUGUAUCUUCAAGACCCACGGGGAUGUGAGCGUUGCGUCCUAUACCGGAACCCACAUAUCAUCCAACCAGAUUCAGGAGAGACGGUGAUGACGAGUUCAUUUGAUUCGAUACUUGGGAAUUUACAAAUCGAGCGAGUGGAGGCCGGACCUGAUUUGCUUGCACAUUUGAUGGAGGGUGGUAGCCCGUUGCCAGAGACUCAAGCACCUGAUAUCGUGAAAACCGAUUUAUUUGGGCAUCAAAAGCAGGCGUUGACGUUUAUGUUGCGUCGGGAGAAGGGCUGGGGGCUGGAAGACGGUGCUAGUGACAUUUGGAGUCAACAAACAGAUUCUUUGGGGCGGUUCAGUUACAUCAAUAACAUCAGUGGAUACAGCACAAACGAGGCUCCACCAGACUUUCGGGGUGGUCUGCUAGCGGAUGACAUGGGCUUAGGCAAGACCCUCAGCAUGAUAUGUCUCAUUGCAGCCAACCGGGCGAGCCUACCAGCUACCCUCAACUCUGUGACAUCUGAUUUUGUGAAGACUACUUUGCUCAUUGUACCUCCGGCAUUAAUACAAGCCUGGGAAAAACAAUUUUGUUUGCACCUCCGACCUGGAAAGAUAAAAUGCCACGUUUAUCAUGGCCAAAAUAGGAAGAAUACGGAGUCGCUGGAGCAAUACGAUGUUGUUAUUACAACAUACCACACUGUCUCUGCCAUUUGGAGAAAAUUCGGCGACCAACCGAACAAAGAGAAGUCUAUAUUUUCGUUGAUCUGGCAUCGGGUGAUUCUGGAUGAAGCUCAUACAAUCCAGAACCCACAAAGCCAACUCGCCCAAGCGUGUUGCACUCUCCGUUCAACGAGGCGAUGGGCGAUCACCGGAACCCCUAUCCAAAACAAGCUCGCAGACUUCGCCAGCAUUGUAAGAUUCUUACAAGUUCACCCUUACUCCGACCCGAAAAGUUUCGAAGAAGAGAUCUUCAGACCAUGGCAGAAUCGUCAAAGUCCCGAUGCCCAGGGAUUUCUGAGACUCAAAACGCUCGUUAGGGCUAUUACUAUCAGCCGUACCAAAGCCGUUGUCCAGCUUCCAUCUCGAAUUGACGAGAUUCAUCACCUCGACUUUUCCCCUGCUGAACGAGAAAAAUAUGAUGCCGCAAAGACCCAAUCAAGAGUGCUUCUUGAGGAAGCCAUCUCUUCCGGAAACCAAGGUGGCAAAACUUUCAAUGCACUCUGGCUGCUUAACAUUCUCCGUUUAAUUUGCAACCAUGGUCUUCUGGCCCAGUCUUCUGCAUCUGACUCGUUUUAUGGCAAUAUUCUGGGCCGUUCUGCCAAUUGCUUGAACUGCGGUGCAAACUUGCUCGAGGAUCUUCUCGAAGGCCCAGUGAAGGCUGAUUUUGAGUUGCAGCGCCAAACACGACCUUGCGACCAAAUGAUAUGCGAGAGAUGCGUGUCUCAAAUCGAAGACGACAGAGCAGGCCAUCCACGUUGGGACGCGUCGGUCGAGAGCUGCGAAACCUCAACCCCUGCAACGCCGUCCGGGGACUGUGAUCUGGCAUUUACCAUCAAAAAUAUGUCUACGAAGAUCAAUGCUCUUGUAGCGGAUCUUUGUAAACACAACACAACAGAGAAAAGUGUGGUGUUUUCAUACUGGACGAAUACGCUUAAUCAUGUCCAGCUGAUGUUGAACGACAGGGGGAUCCUGUUUUCAAGGAUUGAUGGGAAGACUUCUCUUCCUAAAAGAAAUGAGGCUCUACGUGCAUUUCAGAGUGGUGAUUCCGUGCGUGUCAUUCUUGUUUCCAUCACUUGCGGAGGGGCUGGUCUCGAUCUGACAGCUGGUUCGCGGGUCUAUCUCAUCGAACCACACUGGAACCCUAUGAUUGAAGAGCAAGCUCUCUGUCGAGUACACCGAGUUGGCCAAACACGUGAUAUCACCACGAUUCGAUACUUGAUGCGAGACUCAUUCGAAGAGCAAAUUGUGGAUAUCCAAAAGCGGAAAAAGAUGCUGGCACAAGUGACCUUCGCCGAAGGUCCUUUAUCAGACGCUGCCAUAAGUUUAGGGACAUUGCAGGUAUGCUUCAAACCUAAUCGCCGUUCAAAGACAAGUCUAAAAUUCCUCCAGUACUUGAAAUCUGUCCUCGAAUGAGGUGUCUGCCAUCAAGUUUUGUUGCGGUCACAAGAGGGUGGUUGCGGAGGAAAGUGCAGCAGCCUAU